AUGGAAUACAAUAUCCAUUUCAUCAGUACUUCAAAUGUGGCAGGGGCCUUGGAAAUAGCUGAGCCCAUUGUUAAUCAGAUUAAUGAGCUUGCCACAGAUGGUAGCUUUGCAUAUGAUUCAACACUUCAAGAUGAAGUUCUUUUCAUGACCGUGCCCCUCUGUUUCCUUGCUGAUUCACCAAUGGCAGCUGAAAUAACAAACACCCCCAUUCCAGGAGGCAACUGUAACAAUCCUUGUCGCAUGUGUCAUUUGGGCGUAUCAGAUGCUGCUGAUAGGACAGGUAUCAGAUAUAUCCAACAAUUCUUUGGUAUUCCACAUUUGCCCAAGCCAAGGAGCUGGAUUGAUACAGUUCAGAAGACCAAGAAUUCAUGGGACAUAUUACUUAAUGAGACCAAGAAAGCAUAUGAAGAUCAUCUGACCGGAGGAGGUUUGGCUGACAAACUCCAGGAGGAGCUGAUAGAAAGAAAACGCAUUCCUUCGGAAAGGGAAAGGAUAAACGAAAUAGAAGAUAAGGAACCAAGCCGAUUGGCGAAUCCAAUCACCAACAUGAAAGGUUUUGAUGGUUGUAGGGAUACACCUGUUGAGAUCUUACAUGUAUUAUCUCUAGGUGUGGUCAAGUAUUUAGUUAAAGACUUCAUGGGAAAGCUCAAAGAACACCAGCUUAAUGAAAUGGAGGCCCGUUUACACUCAUUCUGCUCAGAUGCAUUGCACAUUCCUCCCAUCCAAGCAAAAUACAUGAUGGCUCACUACAAGAGUUUUGUUGGGAAGGAUUUCCGCACAAUUGUCCAGGUCGCGCCAUUUGUUUUUUUCCCAUUCAUGAAUCAACAACAAUUAGAUGUCUGGAUUCCAUUAUGUUACAUUUGCAGCAUGGCUUUUCAAACACACAUACCAAACAUGAAUGAAUACAUACAAGAAUUGGAAGCUCACAUCAAAAUAUUUAUGUAUAACAUAGUCAAAAUGACAGCUCAAUGGGCCAAUAAACCAAAGUUUCAUAUGUUGUUACACCUGCCAGCAUCAAUCAAGAGAUAUGGUCCACCAUGUUUAUUUGCCACGGAGAAGUUUGAAAGCUUCAAUGGAGUAGUUAGACAUGCAUCAAUUCACUCUAAUCGACAGAGCCCUGGCCAUGAUAUAGCUAUCACCUUCAGCAAUUACCAAGUGGAGCGCCUCUUGUUCUCCGGGGCAUACUUAUAUGAUGCUCAAGCUCAAGGAUACUUUUCCCCCUCUAAAAAUGUUACUGAUGUAUUUAGCACCAAUCCAGCAGUCCAGCAGGCCUUUGGAUACAACCCAAGCGCAUUAAGUCAUCCACAGUACCCAUGUGUUAAAAGAUCAAAGGUUGCAUCAGCAGAUAUUGAAAUUGUACCUGAUGAAAUCAGAGAGCUAUAUAAAAAUUAUCACAUUCGUCAGCUGUCAAGCCUGAAACUCAAUGAUAAGGAAUCCAUUCGAAAGGGAUCAUUUAUUUUGGUAAACAUACUGAAUUAA